UCGCUGAGUUUAUGAUUUAUCAUUUCAUCGCAAAAUUUGGUGAAUAUUAUGAUGCUUAUUAUCCAAUUUAUAAUUUUGACAUCUCUCUGAGGAUCUCUGAAUUGAUUUGCAAUUACCUAGCUUUUGUGGUGGUCUUGGUAUAGCCCUUAGUUGCAGGUUUCGGGCUGGUUUUGCUUCAGCGCUUCCGAAUCCGGUUGAAUGUGAGGUGUACACAAUCGCCAAAGGCUUGGGUUUUUUACUGUUUGAACGAUGUCGUCGGGGGGAGAUUCUGCGGCAGAAGAGCACACAGCUGCCAGCAAGGACAAGCAUUCCGCGUCUGGUGCGGCCUAUGCUAACAGCACCAGCAGAACGAGCAACGGAACGGACGGGCACGAUCCCUACGAUCCCCAAUUUCUGGCCCCCGUGCGGUAUCUGUGCGGCAGCUGCAGUAGAUGGUUCAGUCGCGAGGACGUGCUGGCAGGCCUCAACGGCCAACCCAAACUGACGAUACCCUUCAGCCUCAGCUACAACUACCUAUGCGUCACGUGUACUGCCGCCUCGGGGGGGUCCGGGGCGGGCGGGGGCAUCUCCGAACUGAAGGAGCGACCGCCGACGUACCUGCAGAUCUCCAUCACCGCCAUGGCCAAUCUGACGCACUACGCCGCGGCGCAGGGCCUCCCGGAUAAGUCCUUCGCGGCGCGCCAGAUCCUGCCCUUCAUCAACCAAUUCUGGGACGCGAUGACAGGGGCGGCGUCGCGCACGGAGGGCAUGUGGCAGGAGACCAUCAUCAAGACGCUGGCCUCCUACCCCGCCGUUUUCCACGCCGAACUGGGCCGCGCCGGUGUCUCCUAUUCCCUUUUGGUUGAUAUAAAUCAUUUGAAUCCCUACGAUAUCUCCUCACCCACCUCAACUUCGGCCCUGCCUGCGGGUAACGCCAAACCAUUGCUCAAUGGUCUGGACCAACAAAGAACUGGCAUCAGUGUUUCUCCGAAACUUUCCCGGGGUCAACUGAGAAAGCGGCUUCCCGUGCCGACACCCCCUCCGCUUCCGGUGCCCCGGACAGACUUGCUAACUACCCUCAAGGCCUUCCCUACCAGCGUGCCUCACGAACUGCCGACCAACCCCAACUUCCGUUAUAUCCUGGCCGAGUGCGACCGGACAUCCUCUCUCAGCGAAAGCUACAUCAACAACCCUGAAGCCUGGCAUGGGCCCCAAGGUCGGCCCAUUCCUGGCCACUUGUACCGCGUCUUCGUAGAGGACCGCAUCGCCCUCUCUAUCCAGGAUCAAGCACCGCAGCUGAAAGUGUCUAACGACCGGCUAAGCGUGAUCGGUGACAAAGGCUACUCCUGUGUGCGGGCCAACCAGAGCGUGGGAUGCGGGCGAUGGUACUACGAGUUGACAGUGCGGGACCUCCCUGGCAACGCGGCCGUCCGGGCCGGUUGGGGUACUGUGCAUGCCGCUCUGCAGGCACCUCUCGGCUACGACCGCUUCGGCUACAGUUGGCGCUCUCGCAAGGGCACCGUCUUCCACGCCUCCCGGGGUCGGCACUACUCUGAAGGGUACACCGCUGGUGACGUGCUGGGCUGUUACAUUGAGCUGCCCGCCGAUAACAUGCACCAGAUUCUGCCCGACUCUUUCAAGCAGGAACCGCUAGUGAAGUACAAAAACCAUUUCUACUAUGAAAGCAGAGAGGACAUCCCCAGAGAGGUUGCUGCUCUUAAGCCACGGAUGGGCAGUCAGAUCAUUUUCUUCAAGAACGGCAAGUGUUGUGGAACGGCGUUUACGGACAUCAACAACGGCCGAUACUUCCCGGCGGUUUCCCUGUACAAGAAUGCUGCAGUAUCCUUAAACUUCGGACCAGUGUUUCAGUACCCACCGACAUCUCUGCAGUUUCUUCCGAUGAAUGAGCGGGUGUGGGAGAGCGCUGUGGAGCAGACCGUAUCCGACAUCCUCUAUAGCGUCUGCAGCGAUGUAACAACGACCAAACGUCGCAAAACGAAAUCUGAUAGCUGAGUUCUGUGUUAGGUUGCUGCCGGCUUCUGUUGAAGGCUGGUAGCAGCUGCCUGCAUAUGCCCGUUUCACGUGCGCGCUUUGGAAGAGUUUGUCACUGUUGUUAUCUCCUUGGAUCUCUUAUUCUCCGCUCCAUAGUAUGCGCUAUGGUUUUUACCCGUUUUUGCCUUGUAUGCCGAUAUUGUUCGACCGCUGUGUUACUGUUUUCAAAGGGUGCGCUUGUUGUUGCAGUAUUAGUUUGUGUCAACUGUCAAGAGCCAUGCUUCCAUCGGUUCUGAAUGUCUGCGCUUCCAUGCUGUAUUUUACAGGGAAAUUUGUUGAUUUCUUUAAGGUGGAUGUUUUUAUUAAAUGGCUGUUGCCU